GAAAAGCCAGCUAAAGCAUGUCAUUGAAGUAGGAAGUGUCUUCUUGGAGCUCAUCGAGCAGAUGUCAAAAGAGUGACACAGUCAACCUGUGUCUUGCUCCGAGGAUUUUGUAAAUGCAUUUAUCCAUUGCAAUUUUGGUGUCAUGCGUUAUUUAAAAUAUCGUCUUUCAUUAAACUUAUAAAGGCGAAAAUAUUUAUUUUGCGUGGUUGUGUCAGCGAAUUGUCAAAAGUGAUUCCUGCCAUACGCACAUGCGUCAAGUUAUUAUUGCUUUGAAGUGGGUUGGUAGCUAGCUAGCUAGCUGCAGUUAGUUAUACUCGAAUUGUUUCACUGCACAGACUAUAGUGGAAAUGAAAGCUGCAUACAUCCUUCUGUACACUACAGCAUCGAUUCUGAUGGUUAGUGCCACUCUGUCAAAAACGGAUGCCAAGAAGCCCCCCAAAACUCAGGAACCAGAGACAUCAACAGCUGAGUAUGCAGUAUUGGAGAGAGGCCUCGUUGUUUCAGACGCACAAUGGAGAGACAUCGUGAGGGAGGAGAAGAGAUACUGUACCCAGGUUAAGCGUUCAUUCCAAGGACCAGUUCUUGGAUUCAUUACCCCUUGGAACUCCCAUGGGUAUGACUUAGCAAAGACGUUUGGCCCUAAGCUUACAUCUGUCUCUCCUGUUUGGUUACAACUUCGUCGCCGGGGACCAGAAAGCUUUCAUAUUACUGGCCUUCACGAUCAUGACCCAGGCUGGGUCAAAGCAGUGAAAAAGUCUAAUAGAAAAAUCAAGAUGGUUCCCCGUCUGUUGUUUGAUGGAUGGUCGUACGAGGACUACAUGAGUGUGCUAGAUAGCGAGGAUGAAAUUGAGGAGCUUGGAAGUGAAAUGGUGGAUGUGGCAGAGACGGAAGGCUUCGAUGGCUAUACACUUGAAUUAUGGAGUCAAUUGGGUGGAAACAAGAGGAAGGAGCUGGUUCACCUGGUGACACACUUAUGUGAGACUUUGAAGGCUAAGAAACUAGACUGUGUGCUUGUCAUCCCACCUGGAGUGACAAGUUCAGGACAGCCAGGCAUGUUUGGCAGGGCGGAGUUUGACCAGUUGGCUCCUGUAGUGGAUGGAUUCAGCCUCAUGACUUACGACUACUCAACUUCGGGCCAUCCAGGUCCAAGUUCACCACUGCCCUGGAUGAGAGAUUGUGUGUUCCAGUUGUCGCCAGGCUCCCAUUGGAGACACAAGAUUCUGCUCGGACUCAACUUGUAUGGCUUGGAUUUCUCUAGUCAAGGAGCAGAACCUAUCCUAGGGGGCAGGUACAUUGAGAUGUUGAAAGAGCUGAAACCAAGGCUCCUUUGGGAUGAGCAGGCUGGAGAACAUUACUUCAGUUUCAAGAGGAGCAAUGGAAUUAAGCAUAUCGUCUAUUACCCAACACUGAAGUCUAUCCACCUACGGAUCGCAUUGGCCACAGAACUAGGCACAGGCAUUUCCAUGUGGGAAUUAGGACAAGGACUUGACUAUUUCUAUGACCUUUUAUGAGAAAAAAGAUAAUUACUCAAAAUGGACAUAGAGCAUGGCCACAUCCCUGGUCGAUUGAACACUAGCAUGUGGAUGUUCUACUGUUUCUCAACUAUCAAGUCGUUUUUACUAAACCAUCAGCAAAGAAGAAAAUAUAAGGAGUCUGGAGUUAUACACAGCACCUCUGCUGGGAGUCCUUACUGAAAAGAUGAAACUGAACUCUGGAAUCAGAAACAGGCUGGGCCAGUUAAUUAUCAAUCAACAUUGCUGUUCUUAUACUGUGGCAUGGAAGAGGUUCAUGAUCUGUACUCUGUAUAAUGUGAGUGUGCUUCUUGGAUUUGUUUAAAAAAACAAUGGAAAUAAAUAAGCAAUACAGAACUCGAAGUAAAAAA